AUGGAUAUAACGAGUUUCUCGCAACAGGAAGGAGAGACAUUGUACGAAUCUUGGGAACGCUAUCGGGAGUUACAACGAAGGUGUCCUCAUCAUGAUCUACCCGAUUGGCUAAUAGUCCAAAUAUUUCACAAUGGACUCACCUACCCUACAAAGACACAUGUAGAUGCGGCGGCGGGAAGAUAUUUGAUGGGAAAGUCGGCUGAGAAAGCUCAACAAUUGAUUGAAAAAAUGGCUGCUAAUAAUUACCAAUGGGCUAACGAACGAGAUAAUAUAAGGAUAGCCGCAGGUAUGCUUGAAGUAGAUACCUUGAAUAUGUUAAGUGCAAAGAUGGAUAAUGUGGUUAAGAUACUUAAUAGGCAAGUUGGUUCUAGUUCUAACCAAGGAGUAGUUGUUGUGUGUUGUACUAACUAUGGAGGAGAUCAUGAUGAUUCUAUGUGUUCUAGCAGCGAACAGGAUCAAGGGAACCAACAAAGAUCGGCAAAUCCACCGGAUUUUCAACCGAAACAACCACUUCCGAAGUCUAAACCAACUUGGAAAUUGACAAUUGAAAAGUUAGCAAAUGUAUCAAAUGAUAAAAUUGAAAAGUUAGCUAGUGCCAAUACUCAACGGUUUGAAAGAAUUGAGGGAAGGAUGGACCAACUCACCAAUAUGUAUAGGAACGUCGAGGUCCAAUUAGGCCAAAUAGCUAAUGCGGUCAACAAUCGGAACCAAGGGGAUUUACCUAGCAAGACUGAGGUGAACCUAAGGGAGCAUGUGAACGUUAUAACCCUCCGUAGUGAUAAGGAAGUGGGUGAGCUGCCUGUGGUUGAAAGUGUGAGGGAACAUGAAAGAAGAGAAAACAAGCAGUUGAGUGAGUUAGGAGAGGAUAGCAAGAAAAGUAAGGGGAAAAACAAGGUGGAAGAAAGCGAGCCACAAAGAUUGAAGCCAUCGAGAAGUGACAAAGAAUUUGAGAAGUUCGUCAACAUUUUCAAACAAUUACAUAUUAGCAUUCCUUUUGUUGAUGCUAUUUUGCAGAUUCCUUCGUACGCAAAGUUUCUCAAGGAGAUAAUGACUAAGAAAAGGAGAUUAGAAGAUAGCGAGACUAUUGCAUUAAUGGAGGUAUGCAGUGCCAUCAUACAAAACAAAUUGCCACCAAAGUUGAAAGAUCCAGGGAGUUUCACAAUUUCUUGCACUAUUGGUAAUGUAGAAUUUUCUAAAGCACUAUGUGACCUUGGUGCUAGUGUUCCAUUGAUUCCUUUGACUGUGACUAGGCAAUUGGGGAUGAAAGAGUUAAAGCGUACUAAUAUUUCUUUAUAA